CGGCGGAGGCUCAGGGCCUGCGGGCGCCGCUGUGACGCUAAAGACACGCGCUGGGUCCGGGCCUCCGACGCCAUCAAAUGAUGCUGCUUAGAAAAACUUCCCAGCUGUUGGUCGCCUUAAAGAAACUCCCAUGGUCAUGUGACUCCCGUUACUUCUGGGGCUGGUUGAAUGCAGUGUUUAAUAAAGUAGAUUAUGAACGCAUCAAGGAUGUAGGCCCAGACAGGGCAGCCUCCGAGUGGCUGCUACGCUGUGGGGCCAUGGUGCGCUACCAUGGUCAGCACAAGUGGCAGAAGGACUAUAACAGCCUCCCAACAGGCCCUCUAGACAAAUACAAGAUUCAGGCUAUCGAUGCCACAGACUCAUGUAUCAUGAGAAUUGGAUUUGAUUACUUAGAGGGCCUGCAGUAUGUUGAAAAAAUAAAGCUAUGCAGGUGUCACUAUAUUGAGGAUGAUUGUUUGGAGAGACUUAGUCAAUUUGAAAAUUUACAGAAAAGCAUGUUGGAAAUGGAAAUAAUUUCAUGUGGAAAUAUCACAAACAAAGGCAUCAUUGCUUUGUAUCACUUAAGUAACCUCAAGUGUUUGUUGUUAAGUGAUCUUCCUGAAGUAAGAGACAAAGAAAACCUUGUUCAAGCCUUUAAGAUAGCACUGCCUUCUUUGGAACUAAAAUUGGACUUGAAGUAAAAUAGUAAUAAUAAGUGUCUUAUUUCAACUUAAAGUAUCAUUUGAAAUUAUUGAUCCUAAAUGGUAACAAAUAUAAUUAUCAAUAGAACUGUAAGGAUGUAUUAGCAUAAUAUUUCAAAGCAAAAUCUAUUAUAUGCAGAAAAGAAAUAUUCAGAUGUGACUCACUAAAGGUACUCAAUUGGAAGUGAUUAAAUCAAUCAUUAAAUCAUUUUAAGAGAACUGCAAAUAAGGUAACAUUUUUAAUUCUAAUAUAGUUCUUAUUUUAUGUAAAUAUCUAUACAGACAUGUCUUGAUAUAGAUACUUGUGACUCAGAUGUACAACACAGAUACUCUAUUGUAUUUUAACAGAAGCAUGUUACUAUAAAUGCACAAUUAUGAAAAACUGAAAGCUCAAUUUCAGAUUGAUAGGUGGAAUGAAUUAAGCAAAGUUGUCAGUGGUUGAGACAUUCACAUUACUUCCAAGCAUUUGUUUGCAUUUCUUAUGAUCUUGCAUUCCUUUGUUCUUUAUAAUAUAUCCCCUUUCUGAGAAUCAACAGUUUCUGGGUAAUUCAUCUAUUUUGUAAGCCUAGUCUAGCUUUAUUAAAACUAGACAUAAAUAUGUCUGUUUAGUGGAUUUAAAUACUUUAUCUGAUUGCAAGAGAACAGAGGAAACAAUCAGGGACAGUACAGCUACAUUUGUUUUUUGCUUAAAUUAAAAAAUUGCUUGAAAUAGUUCCACAUGUCAGAAACAUUUUUAUUCCCUCAUAUAUCUUGGAUACUAAGUCUUGAAAGUUCAAGUAACAUCCAAAGAAAGUAUAAGCACAAAAUCCAGCUUAUAUCUAGAAAGCAAUGAUAAAGAAUAUCAUAUAUAGAUAAAACAUAUCUUUAUUUUUACUGCUUGAAAUGGCCUUAAGUCUAUUAUUGUUAGUUAUGUACCAACAUGUUUAUAUAUGUUUGAUUUAUAUUUUAAACUGUUGGAUAUAAUAUUGAUUGGAAUUAAUUUUGAAAUUAAUACUUUCUAAAUGUGGCAUUCAGGUAGAAAAAUGAAUUUUAGUUGUGUUUAGAAACCAACUGAUGUAAAUAUAGCACAUAAUACAAAUGAUAUACUAUUUACUGAUAUUUGCCAUUGUCAUGUAAAAAAUCAGAAAAUAGUAAAAAAAGAGGAUGUAUGAUAGUUUCAUGUGAAACAGUGAUGAUUCCAUGCUGCGGAAUGGAUUCAGAUAUGGUUAAAUUAAGCACAAGUAUACAGUUAAUAGAACUCAUUAAAAAAUGAUCCCUUCUAUCUCAGGUUUAUUUGAUUACUGUUCAGUAAGGCAAUUGAUUAAACUUAGUCUGGAGCUACUUUUCUAUUCUGAAUGGUUUUCUAUAAAACUACUGGAUGAGUUAUGCAGUUAUAUAGUCACCUGCCUCUGUUAAGUGCAUUGUUUUGGGUCAAGGGAAAAAAAAACCAAAAUGUUAACUAUUCACAGAAGUUGGACAUCCUUCCUUGUCCUUCAAAUCAAGGUUGCAUAACAAGAGUUAACACUGGGACUAGUAUUCAGCCCACUGUCAGCUCUAUGCAAGAAGUUAUAAACAUCAGAUUGCUUUCAGAUGUUAUUGAGAAGAUGCAGAAUUUGGUGAUUAGUAGCAGUCAAUGAAUUCAGUCAAAUGCUCUCAUGAAGAAAACAUUUCAUAUAUAGUGCAUUAAACAGAGUGAAGAAGAAAUGUUUUGAAGGUACAGUAAGAUAAUUCAAAAACCAUGGCUGAGAACGGCUAGGAAACAGCAGUUAAUCAAAAAUAGUAUUGAGCUAUAAGAAACAGGCAUGAACUUCAUAUUAACCUGUGUUCAGGGGACAAGGAUAAAAAAAGUUUUUGAAUAAACAGUAGGCCAAAUCAAAGCUAAUUAUAUGUCAUUUUUAAGUAUCACUGUAUAAUGCUAGGAAUCCUCAAUAUCAUUUUGGACUACUUUCUUAUUAGUUGUUACUGAUUACUUGUUAGGAUAACAUAGAUACAUAUACAUAUGUGUGUAGAUAUAUAUGCAUCUAUGUGAACAUAUCUGCACAUACAUGCAUACAGUAUAAAAAGACAUUUCAGGGAAGACAUCAGUUUUACAAUCUAGUAUCUUUCAUGACCCAAGUAAAAACUGGAGCAGUUUUCCAAAAUUCACAUCACUAAAUAUGGUCCUGCCUAUAGGUCUAUCUCCACGUCUGAGGCUGAGCUGAAGAGCAUAAAGUGCUAAUUACUUUGAUGCUCACAAGCUCAGUUCCUGUGAAGCCUGUAGAUCUUGUUUUACCUCUGAUCACCUUGGUCAGUCACCAAGUUCCAGCCAUUGUUUACAAGGGGGAAUUGGGUGAGCAAGUAUAAUGGAUUAUAGUAAAUCCAUCUUGCCUGUAAAAAUGACUAAGAUAUUCCCUUUCCUAAAGAUAAGACGAGGGCCUCCCUGGUGGCGCAAGGGGUUAAGCACUGCACUAUGAAGCAAUCCGCAGCCUCUGCAGCAUGAGUUUGAUCCCCAGCCAGCCAGGGUGCAACCCACAUGGCGCAGCCGACCUCUCCUCACUUGCCCACUGCUCCCCUCAGCAGUGUAUUUCAGUCAAUCUCCCUGUUCUGUCCCCCACUCUGUCUCUGGUGAAUCUUCUCAUCCCCCUACCCCCACCCCCACACCUCUGGCCUACACCCCAGCUCUUGUAUGCAUAAAUAAAAUCUUUAAAAAAUAAAGAUAAGACAGAAGUAUAUGUAAG